CCGGGCAAGACCGUCGCAGCGCCUCCAUCACCGCUGGUCUCUGCAAACCGCCCUAAGCAACAAACAAACAUGGCUCCUUUUGAGAAAUCCAUGGAGAUGAUGCCCUUUAAGCAAAGGAAAUGCCUCGAAACAAGAAAAGAUGAAGUGUGCACCAUUCGGACUAAAUUCCCCAACAAACUGCCGGUUAUAGUUGAACGUUACAUCCGUGAAAAGACUCUGCCUUUGUUGGACAAAACAAAGUUCCUGGUUCCCUUUGAGCUCACCUUGGGUCAGUUCCUCUCUCUGCUCAGGAAUAAGAUUUCAUUGGAAUCCACCCAGGCUCUGUUCCUCCUGGUGGCAGAGAAGAGCAUGUCCUGCAUGUCCUCCAGCAUGGGGGAGGUUUAUUCCCACCACAGCGACACUGACGGCUUCCUCUACAUCACCUACGCCUCGCAGGAGGUGUUCGGAGCACCUCAACCAGCAGCCAGGCCGCACUGCUGAGCCUGAAGCAGAUAAAAUGAACUGAACCAACGGAAGUGACAACUAGCAACCAAACUGGAGGAGAAGAAAAAAACUAAGCAGCCACAAAUUGCAUUUCAGCCUACCUCAUGAAACUUUCUGGACUUUCAAACACAGCAAAUCUCUAUUGCUGCAUGCUCCUCAGCUCGCUAAAACCAGACUGGAGUGGACAAGACUCACCCUGAUAAUUUGUUGUAGACAGAUUGAUUGUUUGAUUGGCAAAUCAAUACAGAUGCAACAGUUGUAAUCAUUAUUUUGUGAAGUUUUUUUGUCUGUUUUAUGUCUUUACUGGGUAAAAAAUGUAAAUAUUUGCUCUAUAAAUACAUCAGAAACAUUGAGCUUCAAUGCAAACAAACCUGUUGUAACGUUGCUGUAAUGCCAGUUCAGUGUAAAACCACGACCACCCUCUCCACUCUACACAAACAGGGUCGAUGUCUCGCUGGUAAUCAGACUCCUUUUCAGCACUUAUCUCCCCUUCCUCCUCUCCUUUCGUUGAUUGCCUCUUCAUCCUCGUCUUUCCUUAAAAAUGUGAAACUGUGCUGCGGACUCUUGAGGCACUCGUUGAAAACAUGGAUGUCAUAUUGAAUGUUUUCAGCUGUCAGCAUUGC